AUGGGACAUAUGGCUCUAAAGUUGGAUAUGAGCAAGGCAUAUGAUAGGUUGGAAUGGAAUUUCCUUCAACGGACUAUGGAGAAAAUGGGGUUUCACCCAAAAUGGGUUGGGUGGAUUAUGGAGUGCAUUAAGUCAGUUACCUACUCGGUGUUGAUAAAUGGUGAGCCUAAGGGCCACAUUAUUCCGACUAGAGGUAUUCGCCAAGGGGAUCCCUUAUCCCCCUACCUCUUUCUUUUAUGCUCGGAAGGGUUGACUAGUCUCAUUGAGCAAGCGGUGAAUGAAAGACAUAUUGAGGGUUUCUCUCUUUGUAAGCAUGGGCCAAAGAUCUCUCACCUUUUCUUUGCAGAUGACAGCCUCCUGUUUUGUCGAGCAAGGGUGGAAGAUGUGAUAAAAAUUCAAGAGAUUUUGGGAAAGUAUGAAGUUGCAUCGGGUCAAAAAAUAAACUUUGAUAAAACUACCAUCUUUUUUAGCAAGAACGUUCCUAUGUCUACCAAGGAACAAGUGCAAAAUUUGUUGAGGGUUCCAGAAAUCAAAGAAUAUGAAAAAUAUCUAGGUUUGCUGGCAGUUGUGGGGCGUAAUAAAAGGGCUAGCCUAAAUUAUAUCAAAGACCGAGUGUGGGGCAAGUUACAAGGUUGGAAGGAGAAAUUGCUAUCACAAGCCAGUAAGGAAGUUUUGUUGAAAGUGGUAGUACAAGCCAUUCCGACUUUUGCUAUGAGUUGCUUUCGAUUACCGGUUGGCCUUUGUCAAGAUAUUGAAAUGCUCAUUCGUAAGUUUUGUGGCAAGGUUUCCUCUCCUCCAUCCGAUGUUGGUUCGAAUGCAAAUGUAGUAAUGCUCAUAAACCUGGUCACCGGGUGGUGGAAUACCCAUCUCAUUGAUCGCCACUUCUACCCACUGGAUGCAAAACUCAUUAAAUCCCUUCCUCUGUGUUCAAUCCCUCAGUCUGAUUUGCUGAUUUGGCUGAAGGAGAAGAUAGGGACUUAUUCAGUUAAAUCAGGUUAUAAGCUUCUGUGUGAGUGGCAAAAUGAGGAGCUGAGUCAACCUCGAAUUUUUGAUAUUGAUAGGAACUUUUGGAGUAGUAUUUGGAAGAUAAAAGUCCCAAGAAAGAUAAAGCAUUUUAUCUGGAAAGCAUGCUCUAAUUCACUACCGACGAAGGAAAAUCUGUUGAAGCGGAAAAUUGUACAAGAUUCAGUGUGUCAACGUUGCUCAAAUGGCUCAGAGGAUGUGGUACAUUUGCUGUGGAGCUGUGAUGAUUUAAGGGAGGUUUGGAACGGGGAGUUUGGGUGGGUGUACAAUGCAGGAGUUCAAUGGACCUAUUUCUCUGAGAUUUGGAAGUUCGUUCAGACAAGGCCACACUCCGUUGCUCUUUUUGCAGCUACAGCAUGGUCCGCUUGGUAUCAUAGAAACAAGCUCCGGUUGGGUGAAGCUUCCAUCUCGUUGGGACAGAUUAGGAGAUUCGCUCGUAAUUACAUCCGUGAUUUUAAAAAUCUGACCAGUAUGCCUUUUGCAUCAGUUCGCACUGCUCCUCGAAGAUGGUGUCCACCUGCAGAUGAUGUGUGGAAGAUAAACUUCGAUGGCGCAAUAUUUGGUGAGUCGGAUGAAGCUGGAAUUGGCGUGGUUAUUCAAGAUUGCAAGGGUGAAGUUAAGGCUGCUUUGUCCGAGAAGAUAAAAAGCCUCUAA